GAGAAACGUAAAAUGGAGAUCCCCACAAGCAGCAGUGAUACCUAAUUUUCAUCUCCCUAUGCGUAGUCUUGAGGUUAAAAAUAGGACAUCGACAGAAGAUAUAAAAGCUCUUAGACUGAUAACAGCCAUCAAAACCCCAUAUCUACCUGAUGGAAGGUUUGAUCUUGAAGCAUAUGAUGACUUGGUGAAUAUGCAGAUUGAAAAUGGUACUGAAGGGGUAAUUGUUGGCGGCACAACUGGUGAGGGCCAGCUGAUGAGCUGGGAUGAACACAUAAUGCUUAUUGGUCAUACUGUCAACUGUUUUGGUGGAUCAGUUAAGGUAAUUGGUAAAAAGGGAAGCAACUCAACCAGGGAAGCGAUUCAUGCUACAGAACAAGGUUUUGCUGUUGGAAUGCAUGCUGCUCUUCACAUCAAUCCUUAUUAUGGCAAAACUUCUCUUGAAGGCUUAGUUUCUCACUUUGAUAGCGUUCUGCCAAUGGGCCCUACGAUCAUAUACAAUGUGCCAUCACGAACUGGACAAGAUAUUCCUCCACGUGUUGUCAACACUGUAGCACAGAGUCCUAACUUGGCUGGUAUCAAGGAAUGUGUUGGAAAUGACCGCAUUAAGCAAUAUACAGGCAAUGGAAUUGUAGUGUGGAGUGGGAACGACAAUCAGUGCCAUGAUGCUAGGUUGAGCCAUGGGGCUACCGGGGUAAUUUCUGUUACAAGCAAUUUGAUUCCAGGCUUGAUGCGUGAACUCAUGUUCAGUGGGAAAACCCUUUCACUUAACGCAAAGCUCUUACCUCUGAUCGAGUGGCUCUUUCAGGAGCCUAACCCCAUUGGCCUUAACACAGCCCUUGCCCAGCUGGGGGUUGUGAGGCCAGUUUUCAGGUUACCAUAUGUACCUCUUCCACUGGCAAAGAGAGUAGAAUUUGUUAAUCUGGUCAAGGAAAUUGGGCGGGAGAACUUUGUUGGAAAAAAAGAUGUUAAGGUGCUCGAUGACAACGACUUCAUCUUGGUUGGGCGAUAUUAGAUUAUUGUCGAUGUUCAGGACUCAGCAGCUGGUGUCUGGAUUUCGACAUUGCAAUUUUACAUUUUCGUUUAUAGAACCACAGAUAAAGUCUACCCGGUUGUUUAUAAA